UUGAGUUGAUUAAAGAAGUAGAAGAAGCGCGGAGCACUUGUAAGAUACCAAAAUGAGCCUACGAAAACAAACUCCAAGUGAUUUCUUGAAGCAAAUCAUAGGAAGACCAGUUGUUGUAAAAUUAAAUUCUGGAGUUGAUUACCGAGGUGUACUAGCCUGCUUGGAUGGCUACAUGAAUAUUGCUCUGGAACAGACAGAAGAGUAUGUAAAUGGACAAUUGAAAAAUAAAUAUGGAGAUGCCUUCAUCAGAGGAAAUAAUGUGUUAUAUAUAAGUACACAGAAGAGGAGAAUGUGAGCCUAUUUGAAGACGGAGUAUUUCAUAUUAACUUUUCUUAAUAAAUGUUUUGUUUUUGCCUUCUG